GUCCAAACAUUGCCUGGAGGUGGGCGGAGAUGUAGGAAAUGUUGAAAUCUUCCAUUCUCGUGAGGAGUAGGGGGUGACGUGGUCCUGGGAAGUGGGUUGUACUAGUUACCGACGCGGACGUAUAUCGGAUGGGAGGAAUAGUUCCACGGACAGGGCCAUCUUUGGUCGUUCUCGCCGGACGCAAUACACACUUCAGCAAUCGUGUUGACUUCUCAAUAAAUAAAUAAGAUUUGACCGAAAGACAUUUCGUCAUCCUAUUUUAGUGAAAAACGAUAACCUUAUUGAAUUAGUGCGCUCGUGUAUUAAUCUCUGUUCUGGCCAAAUUUCCUUCUAUUUCACGAGGCAGACGCAGGAGCGGAGCAGCGGUGAUACGACAUGGAUGAGGAAUAUGAUGUGAUCGUUCUGGGCACUGGACUCACAGAAUGCAUUCUGUCAGGGAUCAUGUCUGUGAAUGGGAAAAAGGUGCUACACAUGGAUCGGAACCCAUACUAUGGAGGAGAGAGUUCCUCCAUCACCCCGCUGGAGGAGCUAUACAAGCGCUUUGGCCUUCCUGACAGUCCUCCAGAGUCUAUGGGCCGAGGAAGAGACUGGAAUGUUGACCUCAUCCCUAAAUUUCUCAUGGCCAAUGGUCAGCUGGUGAAGAUGCUGUUGUACACAGAAGUGACCCGUUACCUGGACUUCAAGGUGGUGGAGGGGAGCUUUGUGUACAAGGGAGGGAAGAUAUACAAAGUGCCUUCCACAGAGACAGAGGCACUGGCAUCAAAUCUCAUGGGCAUGUUUGAGAAGAGGAGGUUCCGAAAAUUCUUAGUGUUUGUGGCCAACUUUGACGAGAAUGACCCCAAGACCUUUGAGGGUGUUGACCCCAAACUCACCACCAUGAGGGAUGUGUACAAGAAGUUUGACCUUGGCCAGGAUGUCAUUGACUUUACUGGCCAUGCACUGGCCCUCUAUAGGACAGAUGAUUACCUGGAUCAGCCCUGUUUGGAGACCAUUAAUCGUAUCAAGCUGUACAGUGAGUCCCUGGCUCGUUAUGGGAAGAGUCCAUAUCUCUACCCUUUGUACGGCCUGGGAGAGCUGCCACAGGGAUUCGCCAGGUUAAGUGCCAUAUAUGGAGGCACGUACAUGCUGAAUAAACCAGUGGAAGAGAUUGUGAUGGAGGAUGGCCAUGUGGUUGGAGUAAAGUCUGAGGGAGAGGUUGCUCGCUGCAAGCAGCUCAUCUGUGACCCCAGCUACAUCCAGGACCGGGUUCGAAAGGCUGGCCAGGUGAUCCGUGUCAUUUGCAUCCUUAGUCACCCCAUCAAGAACACCAAUGAUGCAAACUCCUGCCAGAUCAUCAUCCCGCAGAACCAGGUCAACCGCAAGUCAGAUAUCUAUGUGUGUAUGAUCUCCUAUGCCCACAAUGUGGCUGCCCAGGGAAAGUACAUUGCCAUUGUCAGCACCACAGUGGAGACUGGCGACCCUGAAGCCGAGAUCGAGCCUGCCCUGGAGUUGCUUGAGCCCAUCGAUCAGAAGUUUGUGGCCAUCAGUGACCUUUUCGAGCCCACCGAUGAUGGCACAGAAAGCCAGAUCUUUGCCUCCCGAUCGUACGAUGCCACCACUCACUUUGAGACCACCUGCAAUGACAUCAAGGACAUCUACAAGCGCAUGACAGGCAGUGACUUCGACUUCGAGAACAUGAAGCGCAAACAGAAUGAUGUGUUUGGAGAGGAGGAGCAGUGAGGGGAUGUGGCUUCCGGAAGAGGGCGGGGCUGCUGGGAAAGAGUGGUGCAGGUGUGAUAUGUUGAAGGAGACAUGCAGAGUUGUGAGAGAGGGAUGUGAGAAGAGUGGGCAGGGAUUUGAGUGUGAGCUGAUAUUACCGCAAACAUUGUCCUACUUCCCCAACAUCUCGCCCUCCGUCCACCUCCUCCACUACCACCUCAAACACACGCACACGCACACACACACACACACACACACACACACACACACACACACACACACACACACACACACACUUCUAUCACUCUAUUUCUCUUUCUCUCGAUCACCCAGCAGCUCUGAAAAGCAGGGUUGACACCUCAGAGAGGUUCUUCAUUCCAUUUUGAACGGCAUAAUGAAAACAUUAUUCCUGCAAGCUACUCUCGUGAACAAGCACGCACUGUCGUGACUUCAGUGGGAGCUGGUUGCAUUGAUCUUGAUGUGAUUUUAACUUUGUUUUUCGCAAAAACUGCCUCGCAGCUCAGUGCUUCUGUCAGUGUCUUUGAAGCUUUGCAUUGCAAUCCACACACAGGUGAACACUACUCAUACACAUCUGAAUUCUGAAUCACUGACUGCACCUCAUUCCAGUUUGAUAUGUAUUAACUGUUAGAGAGAUAUUAAGCCAACUGUUCAAUUAAGGAAACAACCAAACCAUGCAACAUUUCUCUGCGUUUCACGAUAAAAACAGGUUAGGUUUUAUUUAACGGAAGUCUAACUGCAUUUGCGUUGUACAUGUGCCACUCCUCAUUGAAGCGCAUGCAUAUCGUACACACAGGAAGUGUUGUAAGCAUACUAUGACAGACAGUCCACAGCAGUGGGAGGGGCAACAGAAGGAGGAAGAGGCUGGUUUUGCCAAUUGGGAGCAUAGCUUGUCCUCCAGUCACAACAUUCUCUUAAAAUGGCUUCUAUUGAGCAUAUCAGUCAACCCUGCUGGCUUUCUUGUUCCCUCUUUUUCUUUGUCUCACUCUCUCUUUCCUCACCCUGUUAUUUGAAUAAUCCCCUUUGCAAAACUCUUGGUCAGUGGACAGGGUUUUUAAAAAAGCAAAGUAUAACUAAAGGACUUCUACUAGAGCUCACCUUGCUACCCUUUCAUGCUUCCCAUGCUAAUUGACAAAAUAACUCCCACAACCUGCCCCUUCAAUCAUUUGCUUGAUUGACCCUUCUUUGUUCCUGUAAUAUAAUUUCAGUGAUGAAUUUAUUUAGAUCAGAGCUGGACAUAAGACUCUCUUAACUGUUUUUAGUUGUUUUUGUGUUCUUAUCCGCAGGAUUUUGGCUGGUGCAAAUUCAUUUCACUUGCUGAGGUUAUGACGUUACUGAAAUGGAAUGAAAGAAAGUGGCAGUGGUUUGAGAUUCUGAAGUGAGACUUAAAUCAGGAAGUGACAGGAUGAAGGACAGGUGACAGGGUGAAUUGUCAGUGAUAGUGGUGGGGUGGAAGGGGGUGGGUAAGAGGGUUUGGCAUGAAAGAGAAGAUUAUUAAUUCUUAAGAGGCUGGAUGGAAAGAGGAGGAAAUUAAGCAAGGUACAGUGAUUUACUGCCAUGGGAAGGGACUGUCAGUGUGAUGCAAUCUGGGACAGUGGAAGCAGAAGUUUGACAAAAUUUCACUUCAGUUUUGUCUCUUUGUAAAGAAUGCAGACUGAGAUCUCAGCAGGUGGAGAAAGCACUGGAGCACAAGAGUCUUGUUCAAGUCUUUCAUGUACAAGGACACCUUAAAUACGACUUUAAUUCCUCAUGUUUUAUACAUGUAGCAAAACUAUGUAAUUAGAUGAAAGACAGGGCCAUAUUAUGUGUUGAUUCAGAAAUGUUGCAAAUUACGAUGGUAAAGUGUAAGUUCUUGUUUGGUGAAUGGUUUUGGAAGGUGACAGCAGUGUAACUUUGCUAAAACAUGGCAACUGUUCUGUGCAAGAGUGAUCUGAAUAACAGCACUCUCUAACUAGCACUUUGGUGCAUGAAUCCCUGCCCAGUUAAUACAACAAUGAGGCCUUUGACCAAAAAAGAUGGUGCCAAUUUCUAAGAAUUUGUUGUUGCUGGUAGCAGAGUGGGUCCAAGCCUUAAAUUUCUGAUUUCAACCACGACUUACCCUAUCAAACACUGUUCCUUGACCCCCCCCCAUGAGGUGUUCCUGCUGUAGCCCCAUCGGGUGUAUAAAACCGAGUGGGUGGGUCCUCCAGGGGUUGGCUGGAAAUCCUGUGUCUCAAAGAAAAAAGCCUUUAAUAUCAAGAAUAGAAAAUACUUUUAAAAAGACUUCAGCUACAGAUGGUUCCUGUGCAAUAGUUCAGUAGAAUGCCACUGUCUGAGUAUGGGCGUGGUACACCUCCAUGUGGGCACGACCCAACUGAUCGUACCCUGAUAUCAGAUCCUUCAUUCCUGCAGAUGCUCAUACCAGCCCCUGGGGUCACCAUACCAGUCUCCCUCCAUCCCCUUCUCUCUGUUUAUCACCAAAAAACAGGAAUGCUCUGUCAUUAGCUGGAUGUGUUGUUGGGUUAGAAAACCAUAAAUUGCUCUGUCAGUUACAUUUUGUUGAUUGAUCAGAAGGUGCUGUGUUAAUUGGAGUUUUUGAGUGGUCAGAAAGGCAGGAAGGGCUCCAUCUGAAACAAUUUGGUGAUUGGUCAGCACAUAUCCUUCAGCCCUCCUCCUCAAAACAUUCUGUGAAAUUGAACCCUGACAUGCAUCGUGCAGCCCGUCCUCUCCCACUUUAACUCAUUUGUCACUCCUGUGAGGUGCUUUUCGUGUCUUAAAAGCUCUAAUUUAUUUCUGUGUUGCUUCAGAAGUUUGCUGGAAGGGAAAGAAAGUGUCAGCUUGACUCUGCUGGUGUCAACCAGAUGGACAAAUAGUGCUAAAAGUGCAGUAAAAUCAAUAUAUACAAUCUGUCAUUUGUAUUUAUUUUCAGGGUUUUCCUUGCACAGUAGAGGAUUUUGUUACAGAGAUAUGAUUAGAUGCGCUCUAACUAACAAUCUAACAUUAGUCUCAGUAUGUUCUCACUGUGGGUGGACCUGGACAGUUUUAGUGCAAAGUGAUAACUGAAACAGGAGAUUUUAUGUUUAGUGCAAAGAUCCUACGCACUUAUGUUUCGUAGUUUAUCAAGGUAGCACAUAUCUAUAGUAAUAUCUCACAGGCAGACCCUUGGUGUUCUGUAAGGUCAUGGGUUCAGGGGUCAUGACCCACUCACGGGACAAUAGUAGGUGCAGCCCCUGAGGUCCAUUGAAAAAUGGUAUGCCAGAGAUACUCUACCUGUUGUAACAAAAGAAAGAAAGCUCUGUCCUUACAUUGGUGAAGCUGAAGGGUUUCAGAUUAUUUCAGGGCUUGUGUUUUCGAAAGCAGUGAGGCCAUUACUUAUUUGGUCAUUAAUGUCGUUAAUUUUGUAGCUUUGUUUAUAACACGGAUACUUCCCAAACCUCCUUGGUCAUGAACAUUUAUAGUGAGCAGCCAUCACCAGAACACUACUACUGGUUAUUGAGAGACUGGUAACUGCUGGGACUGAAUGUACGAUCUCAAUGAAUGAUCUCUGUUAUUUCUACCAUAGCAGAAGAGGCAGAGACCAGAGGUGAAAACACAUGCAAUUUGACUUUCUUAUCCCAAACCAACCUUCAACUGAGCAACACAUGAGAAGGAAUGAGAACCAAACAGUCCCAUCUUUGCCCCCCUCCAACAUAUACACCCCCCAACCCAUCCAACCAGACCAGAGCAGUCCAUAAUUGGAUAGUAUUGCUUCUCUGUUGGUCAGUGGAAUAAUUAUUAACUGAAAGUGGCAGAUCUGUACUGUAUUGUACAAUUUUAAUGUUUUCAGUGACUUUCACCCUGUGAGACUGGAAUAAUUCUGCAUUUAUUUAACAGUCGGAGCUAGGUUUGGGGUUUGUCUUUCUUCACUAAUGUAUGUUGUUCCCCAGACCGCAUUUAUUUAUUUAAUUAAAAAAUUGUUUUGUAUUUAAUUUAGUAUAAUUUUAUUUGGCUCUUCUGAAGGAUAAUGCAGAAAAAGAUUGACAACAGAAAUAUCUCUUUAAAAUGUUGUAACUUAUUAUUCAGACUGACAAGUAGCUGGCUUGUGGUCCUUAUUCGAACACUAGUAUGUGAACAGUACCUACUGUCUUGUGCAAAAAAGAAAUAAAAAAUGGAAAAAUGAAUAAAAACAUGAAAUAAAAAGG